AUGGAGACAUCGGAUCAACAGGCAUCGCCCAUAAUCGAAAGGCGCGAAUGUCAGAUUAAAUUUCAUCGUCUUCGUGCGCCGUACAGGACUAUUAGUGACCGAAAUAUCCUGAACUUCCUCAGAUUCCUUAAUCCGGAAAUACGCAGUACUUCGCUGGUUUGCGAGGAUUGCUAUAUCAAUUCGAAGCAGGUCUACUUGCUUUUAAAAGCGAGACGAGCUAAGAACAAAGAUGAAGGAACCGACUCCAUAUCAGACGUAAGCAGCGUGUCGAGUUCGGUAGUCUCGGCUCCAUCGUCGGCAAUCUUGGCUCCAUCGACAGACUCAACAUCCAGUCAGGAGCAGCAGACUUCGCAAACAUUGGGGGCCAGGCGCAGACGCGAUGAUGAUGACGACGAUGACUAUGAAAUGUUGAGUCCAAAUGCUUUUAAUGGGACACGAUUGCCGCAUAUUCAACCCAUUCCCAAGCGUCGUAAAGAUGCUCUUGACCAUUUGGAUCCCCUCUCUCGGGCCAUAAUAGAGAAGGGAAUGAGGGGAGGCUGA